UAAAGAAACUCAGAGGGAUGAACUGAACCAAACACCUGGACAACUCUGUAAGAGUAGGUCGUGUUGACAGUCUUUUUGAAAAGGUAUACUGGGCUUUGAUCAGGGUCAUGGAGGAACUGGCCCGGGAGAGCAUCAGCCUGCUGGCCCGGUCUGCAUCUCACGCGGACCCGCCGCGGCUCGGCUCGUUCGGCGCGGUGUUCAUCAUGCUGAAGUCUGCGCUGGGAGCCGGACUGCUCAACUUCCCCUGGGCUUUCCAGAAGGCGGGGGGAGUGACUACUGCCGUCAGUGUGGAGCUGGUUUCACUGGUCUUCCUCAUCAGCGGUUUGGUCAUCCUUGGCUAUGCCUCAUCAGUCAGCAAACAGAAGACGUAUCAGGAUGUAGUGAGAGAGGUUUGUGGAGGAGCUGUGGGUCAACUCUGUGAAGUCUGUUUCUGUUUCAACCUCUUCAUGAUAUGUGUCGCCUUCCUCGUGGUGGUGCAGGACCAGCUGGAGAAAUUGUGUAUUUCUUUAUAUGAGACAGUCACUGGGUCUGUCGAGGGAGAGAUGCCGUAUCACUGGUACACUGACCAACGAUUUGCCCUCUUCAUCAUGUGCCUCUUCAUCAUCCUACCCCUUUCCAUCCCAAAAGAAAUCGGCAUCCAGAAAUACACAAGUGUGCUGGGGACGCUGGCUGCUACGUAUCUGUGUGUGGCUGUGAUUGUCAAAUAUUACCUAAUGGAGAGCCACACUGUUAUAAUAACUCCAGAGCACAGCCAAGGUGUGAGUUCGUGGGCUUCAAUGUUCAGUGUGGUGCCGACCAUCUGCUUUGGCUUCCAGUGCCAUGAAGCCUGUAUCGCCAUCUACAGCAGCAUGGAGAACCAAAAGCUCUUGCACUGGGUGAUCAUUUCUGUACUCUCCAUGUUUUUCUGUUUACUCAUCUACACUCUAACCGGUGUGUUCGGCUUCAUGACGUUUGGACGAGCGGUUGCCUCUGAUAUUUUGAUGUCAUAUCCAGGAAAUGAUGUGGUCAUGAUCAUUUCCAGAUUACUUUUUGGAAUAUCGAUUAUCACCAUUUAUCCUAUUAUUCUUCUUCUGGGAAGAUCUGUCAUCCUGAACCUGCUGCUGCGUGUUCAAAGACGUCGUCGAGGAAUCGUCACUCAUUCGUUUGAGAGUCGCUGCAGAGUUGUUCUCACUGUGAUCUGGAUCACCAUCACUCUUCUCAUCGCCAUGUUUGUCCCGGACAUGGGUGAGGUCAUCAGUGUCAUUGGAGGAAUCAGCGCCUUCUUCAUCUUUAUUUUUCCUGGUCUUUGCUUAAUGUUCACAAUGCAAACUGAACCUGUGACUCCAAGAGUCAGGGUGAUUUUAUCAGUUUGGGGAGUCAUAACUGUUGUAGUUGGAGCCUUCAUCUUUGGACAGAGCACAACCAUCGCAGUCAUGGAGCUUUGCAACAAAUUCUGAUCUUCACACCAAUAUCACCACUACACGAUCUGCAGCCACUGCUUCACUGUGACUUCACAGCGUUUUUUUUGCACAACUGAAAGUUGCAUUUGUAAAGGUGGUUUUAGUUGUAUAUAUGAUCCUUCAAAGGUCAUCCACGACCUGGAUAUAAAAUAUAUAUUCACUAUGUGAGAAUGUAAUAUUUCUGUGUGUGUGAAACAUAAAUAUUGGACUUAAAUGGAUUGUUAAUGGACAAUUAUGUAAUAUUAAAGAGAAAACCUGCCUGUGUCUGGAUCUUUGAAUCCACUGUCUGACUUCAGGCGAAGAGAGGAAUGUAUUGUUAGGUUUUUAAUUGUUAUGUAUGUAUAGGAUGUAUAUCCGUAGAGGUAUCCUUGAGCAAGAUACUGAACCCCAGAUUGCCCCCGAUGGCUGUUCCAUCGGUGUGUGAGUGUGUUAAAGACUGAGUAGCAGGUGGCACCUUGUUUGGUAGCCUCUGCCACCAGUGUGUGAAUGUGUGUGUGAAUUGGAUAAUGUCACUCGUAGUGUAAAAAGCGCUUUGAGUGGUCGGAUAACUAGAAGGUGCCAUACAAAUGCAGGUCCAUUUUCCAUUUACCAUUUAAAUUAAUCAUGUAUGUCAAUAAUAUAUUUAUAGUAUAUAACAGUUUUUCUGGAUUGCUAAGACACGCUUCACAAAACUGGGAUCCACUUGAUCUUCAUCAUCACCUUGUCAGCACAGCAGAAGUCUUCUCGUGCAGAUGUGUUACCAGUAUUUGACUGGUGUCACCCAUUUUACAAACCCUUUUUCAAAACAGCUAGAAAGACCCCAAACUCUGUUGGAUUAACUGUGUUAAACAAAAGGAAAAGAUCUAUUCACAGCUGACACAAAGUACAUGCACAGUUAUGAAUCUCUGAUGCACCUGUGAAAAACUCUUUCAAACAACUCUUUAAUCAGCAGUCAGUUUGUAUCCAUCUAUAAAAUAUGCCACCUCUGUGUUGCUAUUUGCAAUCAUGGAUCAAGGAAGAAAAGGUAAGGAGAGGAAGAGCAUUUCUGAGUUUGAAAAAUAUGAAAACAAGACGGGUAAAACCCUGUAUUGCUAUAGCAGUCCAGCCAAAAAGAAUGACAUGAAAAAAUUCUGAUUGAGUACAAUAAAAAAAUGUUUCUGAGUAUUUCUGAGGUUGGGUAACAUUUUUUAUUUGUUCUUUUGUAAGUAAAUAAUGUGGCACAAAAGCUGCACUAUACUCUAGGUGCUCGCUGCAAGUAUUACAUGUCAACGACAGUUAGGUGUCAAACAAAAAACUGUAGAUAUAAGAAUAAGAAUAAAUAAUAAUAAGAAUAAAGUGGAUGAAGAAAACUUUCUUAGAAGAUGUUUCUUUUACAGUGUUUCAACAGGGCAUCUCAAAAGGUGUAAAAAGUGCUGCUGCAGACUGCGGCAGGGUUUGGUGUCUCUUGUAAAAUCAUCUUUGGAGGAGAGAAUACAAUUCAUGUUGUGAUAUGCUUGCUUGCUUUUUGUGCUUGCUAUACAGUAACUAUGCAAAGUAUCGACAAAUGGUGCAGGCAUAUAAGACAAAUUAAGGUUCAUAUUGACAACUGUAUUUUAUAUUUUGUUGUCCACUAUGUAAUGAUUGAUUGAAAGAAUGCAUUUAUGUGACCACAAGUUGUGUUGUGUGAAGGAAAUAUUUGCUUUUGUUGCAUGUGUUUAGUUUCUUGUGAGUGUGAGAGCAUUUUGCAAAUCAAUGGCUUUCAGUUUAUGCCUGUAUCUGAACUGCUAUGAAAAUUCUUCUGAAUGAAUAAAUGUGUCCAAACAAUUGAGAAAAACUGUAGAU